GACAAAGUGACACGAUCCGAGAGUUUGCCCAAGAAAAAGUGUAUUUUCGGCCAAUAAAACAAAUCACCGAAGCCAAAAGUUAUCGUUCUAUCGUGCAGCAGUUCUUUCCCAACCAGCAGGCUGCGCAUAUUCGACUCGCGCGGGAUGACGGACUCGAAGUACUUUACCACCACGAAGAAGGGUGAAAUUUUUGAACUCAAGUCCGAGCUCAACAAUGACAAGAAGGAGAAGAAAAAGGAAGCCGUGAAGAAGGUCAUUGCCAGCAUGACCGUCGGGAAAGAUGUGUCGGCCCUGUUCCCGGACGUGGUCAACUGCAUGCAGACCGACAAUCUGGAGCUGAAGAAGCUGGUGUACCUGUAUCUGAUGAACUACGCCAAAUCACAGCCCGAUAUGGCCAUCAUGGCGGUCAACACGUUCGUUAAGGAUUUGCCACAUUCUCAACUCGUUAAGGACUGCGAGGACACGAACCCGCUGAUCCGUGCGCUGGCCGUACGCACGAUGGGUUGUAUUCGGGUGGAUAAGAUCACGGAGUAUCUGUGUGAGCCGCUGCGCAAGUGUCUAAAGGACGAAGAUCCGUACGUGCGCAAGACGGCCGCCGUGUGCGUGGCCAAACUGUACGAUAUUUCCAGCUCGAUGGUAGAAGAUCAAGGGUUCCUGGACCAGCUGAAGGAUCUGCUGUCCGACUCCAACCCGAUGGUGGUGGCAAACGCGGUGGCUGCACUGAGCGAAAUCAAUGAAGCCAGCGCCAGUGGGCAGCCACUUGUGGAGAUGAAUUCGGCCACCAUCAAUAAGCUACUGACGGCGUUGAACGAGUGCACCGAGUGGGGCCAAGUGUUUAUCCUUGACUCGCUCGCCAACUACACACCGAAGGACGAACGGGAAGCCCAAUCGAUCUGCGAGCGUAUUACGCCCCGGCUGGCCCAUGCCAACGCGGCGGUCGUGCUGAGUGCCAUCAAGGUGCUGAUGAAACUGCUGGAAAUACUGGCCGGUGACGGUGAUUUCUGUGCGAUGCUGACGAAGAAACUGGCCCCGCCGCUGGUGACGCUGCUCAGCUCGGAGCCGGAGGUGCAGUACGUGGCGUUGCGUAACAUCAAUCUGAUCGUCCAGAAGCGCCCGGACAUCCUGAAGCACGAGAUGAAGGUGUUUUUCGUGAAGUACAACGAUCCGAUCUACGUGAAGCUGGAGAAGCUGGACAUCAUGAUCCGGUUGGCGAACCAGAGCAACAUCGCGCAGGUGCUGAGCGAACUGAAGGAGUACGCCACCGAGGUGGACGUGGACUUUGUGCGCAAAGCGGUUCGCGCGAUCGGUCGGUGCGCGAUCAAAGUGGAACCGUCGGCCGAGCGGUGCGUGUCGACGUUGCUCGAUCUGAUCCAGACCAAGGUGAACUACGUCGUGCAAGAGGCGAUCGUCGUGAUCAAGGACAUUUUCCGCAAGUACCCGAACAAGUACGAGAGCAUCAUCAGCACGCUGUGCGAAAAUCUGGACACGCUCGACGAACCGGAGGCGCGCGCUUCGAUGGUGUGGAUCAUUGGCGAGUACGCGGAGCGCAUCGAUAAUGCGGACGAGCUGCUCGACAGCUUUCUGGAGGGCUUCCAGGACGAGAAUGCCCAGGUUCAGCUGCAACUGCUGACGGCCGUGGUGAAGCUGUUCCUCAAGCGGCCCGCCGACACGCAGGAACUUGUGCAGCACGUCCUCUCGCUCGCCACGCAAGACUCGGACAAUCCGGAUUUGCGCGACCGCGGCUUCAUCUACUGGCGGUUGCUGUCGACGGACCCGGCGGCCGCGAAGGAGGUGGUGUUGGCCGACAAACCGUUGAUCUCGGAGGAAACGGAUCUCCUGGAACCGACGCUGCUCGACGAGCUGAUUUGUCACAUCAGCUCGCUGGCCAGUGUGUACCAUAAGCCACCGACGGCGUUCGUCGAAGGGCGUGGCGCUGGCGUACGCAAAUCGCUCCCGAAUCGUUCGGCAUCGGCUGCCGCCGGUGACGAUUCGUCCUCCGUCCCCGAAGCGACCGUCAUUCCGAAUCAGGAAUCGCUGAUCGGUGAUCUGCUCUCGAUGGACAUUAAUGCUCCGGCUCCUCCGGCCGCUCCUGCACCGGCCAGCAGCAACGUGGAUCUGCUGGGCGGUGGACUUGACAUUCUGUUGGGUGGCGGUGCGAACGAUACCGCCACCACCACGGCCAGCGCGGCCGCACAGGCUGGAGCAGCUGGUGCAGGAGGAUCGGCCGCCGGUGGUCUGCUGGGCGACAUCUUCGGCAUCGGACCCGUCAGCAGCACGAACAUGAUUCAGAUUCCGAAGAUCGUCUGGCUGCCGGCCGACAAGGGCAAGGGGCUCGAAAUUCAGGGCACGUUCUCGCGGCGCGCCGGCCAGGUGUACAUGGACAUGACGUUCACCAACAAGGCGAUGCAGGCAAUGACCGGAUUUGCGAUACAGCUAAACAAGAACAGCUUCGGGCUCGUGCCGAGUGCUCCGCUGCAGGUAGCGCCACUGCAGCCGUCACAGUCGACGGAAACAUCGCUACUGCUCGGUACCACCGGGCCGGUGCAACGCAUGGAACCGCUCAACAAUCUCCAGGUGGCCAUCAAGAACAAUGUGGACAUUUUCUACUUCGCCUGCCUGGUGCACGGCAACGUGCUGUUCAUCGAGGACGGGCAGCUCGAUAAACGGGUCUUUCUGACCACCUGGAAGGAGAUUCCGGCCGCGAACGAAAUCCAGUACAAUUUGCACGGUAUCGUGGGCACGGCCGAUACCGUCGCCGCGAAGAUGACGGCGAACAACAUCUUCACGAUCGCCAAGCGGAACGUCGAGGGCCAGGACAUGCUGUACCAGUCGCUGAAGCUGACGAACAACAUCUGGGUGUUGCUGGAGCUGAAACUAUCGCCCGGCAGCUCGGAUGCGACGCUCAGUCUCAAGACGCGCUCGGUCGAGGUGGGUGCGAUAAUUUUCGCCGCCUACGAGCAGAUCAUCCGAUCACCGUAAGCGCCGCGGGUACGGGGCACACUGUUAUCAUAUUCCAUUAGAUUGUAACGUAACGCAAUAUCUCCAUUUAUCUACUCUACUGCUGCGCCACGGUGGCCACUUGGAGUGACCAAGUGUUUGACGAUUUGCUAUUGCACACCACUGCGCAAUGUGCAAGCAAUGUGUUUAGUAUUUUUGGCGUAAAAUCGUUCAUCUCUCUAGGCGCGAACGAAACAAUAAAUUAUGUCUGCAUUAGUGGAAACUAUUGAA